GUGUGCCAUUGAGACUUUAAAAUUAUCAACCACAAUUAUAAUAAAUAGUGAAAGUUUCAAGUGAUAAAACUAUAGUGUUCGCACUUCUAUAACGUUAUUUUUCUUUCCAUUUUAUAGAAUAACUCAAACCAAAAAUUGGGAUAUAGCGAAAAGCAAAGCGAAGGCGUAGAUGAUGUUAUUAUGAACUUAUUUAUUACUUGUCUAAAGUAUACAUAAUAUCACAAAAUUGUUUCUACACAAUACAAAACCUACUCAGUCGCUGGAAAUCAUAAGAGUAAUCACAAAUAGGAAACAGAACCAAAUUUACUCAAAUAUGAAGAAAGCAACUAAUCAACAGAUACGCAAGCCGCGUAUAUCUACCAACCAUAACCAACCAGAUCCAAAUAAACAGGAAUCACAUGGAGAAAAAACUAAGAAACCAAAUUCAAAUCUAGUGCUUAAAACUGGAGAACAACGUAGCAUGUCAAACAUAUCUACAGUACAAGAUAAUAUGAAGAAAAUCAAAUCGAACAGUGUGAGCAAGGCGAACAAACAGAUCAAGCCAAUUAUAUCAGACGUAAUGAAAAACAAGAAACCCCUCCUUGUUUCAUCCACUAAUAGAAUUCGAAGUACAAUACAACCUGUAAAAACCAAUGUAACAGUGUUUUCUCCACCAAGUAGUAGGAAAGUGCCUAAACUCAUAAUUGAGAAGCCAAAUAUAUCUGGAACUCGCAAUCGAACUCAAACAAGAACUCUGAGGAGUGACGAGGUUACGAAACUAGACAAUAUUCCGAAAAUACCGGAUAUAUCAACAGAUACUGAACUUCGACCAUCAGUAUCAUUUGAAAUCGAUGUACACACUAAAAUACAAAAAUCGCCUAUAAGUGUUAAAAACACACCAGAUGAUGACAAUGCUUAUCAAUAUGAAUCGGAGUUUGAAUCCUACGAAUCUGAUUUCGAAUCAGGAUCAUCAAACCGAUCUUCCCUUUCAAGAUCAAUUGUAUCAUCUCAAGACACCAGUACAACAGAUUCAACAUCGUCAAACGAGUCUUCAUCUUCAGAUUCAGAGGCAUUCUCCAGUUCAGAAAGGGAAACCACAAUCAUUCCGCAGAAUAGAGAGCUGCAGUUAGAUUCAGGAAAUUAUGACAUGAAGCUUCGACCAACUCUUAUAUCGCAAAAUAUGUUCCGAACAGUGACGAAGGAAAAUGAUAAUCAACCUGACUCCGGAAUGAACAGUGGAAUGUUCGAAGCGCAAUCGUACACUUACGGAAAUAAAUUCAUUCAGAAACGUCAUACAGAUAUACUUGACAAAAUUACAUUGAACACCAUGGUUUUUGAACUUUAUGAAGAACAGCCAUAUCAGUGUGAAUAUGUUUUCGAAAUGUUCGGAAAAAUUAAAGGUGUACAUAACCACAGUCAAACAGGAACACCAACGUUUACAUCUGAAGUUCAAACAGAUACACUUUAUCAAAGAACAUGCUGGGUACAGAAUCCUCCAGAACCUACCAUCGCUUUUCUUUCUAAUCGCAAUUCAAAUCGUGAUAAAUAUCUGAACGAAAAACAUGGUGUUGGUCAUGAAUCCUCCUCUCUGGAACCUUGUUCAUCAACUGAAGAUGAUAUAUUCUCUACUUUUAUUCAAAGACUUGAAACUAAUACAACCAUCAAAACCCACAUUGAAAACCGAAAGAAUAAAUUUGUUGUAAAGUUGGAAAAAUUGACUUCAUUUUUGCAAAAAUCGUCUGCGACUGUUGAGAACACAAUAAAUCGAAAACAAAAGCGCACCUCUCAAUAUCUCAAUUCAACAGCCAAUUCUAAAAUGAUGAGCUGGAGCGAGCAUGAACUUUUGAACGAAGCUGCCGUUAUAUCAGUACAUACUCAUCCAGGUUCUCGGCACAUCUUGAUAACGUCACAUCAAUGCAAUAUGGAGAAAUCUUAUCAUCGAUUUACCAUAUGCGUAUGGGACACAAGAAGCUGUGAUGUACCCGAAGCGGUGCUAUCAUGCUGGGAAAAUAUUACAUGUGCAGAGCAAGUAGGUUCAGCGACCGUUGCCGGUUCAGUCAAUGGGACAUUGUUUAUUUGGGAUUUCCAACAACCAGAUUUUGGCACACCCUGCCAAUUACUGUGUCCAAUGAAAGCUGGUUCUUCACAAGUAUCUGAAUAUGGUGGAAUUACUGCAAUAAGAGUAGUCAAGAAUGUCAUUAGUUCAAGGGACAAUCAAAAUGAUCAGAUUCUGACACUUUACGAAAACAGUGUAUUAGUCACGUGGAUGUUAACGAAGUGUAGUCAAAUAGAUUAUGACACCGGACACAGUCAGAAUUUUAGUGUCUUGUUUCAUAAUACAAGGUUCAAACUCAUUCAGAAAACUGUUCUAGAAUUGGUUCCAUUCCUACAGCGAUCGAUCACUACAUCAGCAACAUCCAGAAUCUGUAAUGAACCUCACGAUUAUGCUAUGAGAAAUAGAAUAUUAUCAAACCCUUUACAAUCGGAAUAUUCUCAUAGCGAAAUGUUUGUUCAUCAAGGUAAAGCAAUCAUUUUGUCGGGCAAUCACAUAACGAUAGUCAAUUGCUUGGAACAAAAAUGUUCGUUAAUAUUAAAAAAUCAAGGUAUAAUGGCACGUUCCAAGCAGCACCCGGACAAAACAGAAUUGAUUUUUAGUUUAUCGCUCGAUAAUACUCUAAAAGUGGUCAAAAUACCUGGAAUUAAAACCAUAAGUACACGUGAGAAUUCGACAAAAACACAUACUACGAACGGCAGUUAUGUUAAAUCAAAAGUUAAUACUGCAUUGAGCAACAAAUCAUGUGCUAUUCAGAACAUUGUUGAGAAAGAGCGUGAAUUGUAUUGCAAUAGUAAUGUACUCCACGCCGCUCUUCAUACAGAAUUGAGUUCUAACGGCAGUAGUAAUAACCAAAACGAUCGACAUAACGUUGUGGGAACAGAAAAAAUGCGUUUCCAUCAUAACCAAAUGUUUUAUCAGAAACACUGGGAUGUACUCAAUAAAAGUAUAUUUUUUCUCGAAAAAGAUAUACUCUGCGUCGAAAUCGAGAAUAAGAUAAAGAUAAUAAGUCUAACAAGUGGACGUAAUGAUAGCUUGUUUGACUACGUUAAUAUUGACCUCGACAGUCAUAGAUUAGUUGGAACCCUCAACAAACGAGUGGUAACGAUUGCAAAUGGACGUAUCUUUCUACACGACAUAAAUCGAUAGGUAUCAAUAAAUCUAGUACCAGCGAGAUUCGGUACUGGUAUUGCAGGUCAUCCACCAAACAACGAACAACGCAUCAGAGAAAGUCACAACGAAAGAUUAGAAGCAUAAAUGGCACAUGAAUUUGCAAGACUUUCAAGCCCGUGUUUUCGGUAUUGUAGCUCCGUGUGCUGAAAAUAAGGUUAGGCCACAAUCAGAGAUACGGCAACAUACACGGACUGGGGAACUAUUUACGAGUCGCGCAUUACUAAAAAAUCGCACUUGAAGAAACACAUGGUUGUAAUGGAGUAUCUAAAGUGUAACUAAUGAAUAAGUAUCUGCAAUAACAGUUUUAGCAGUGCACUUGAUUU